GCACCUAUAGUCAUUAAAUAAUCCCGUUACUGUAAAUUGAUUAAGUUCAACAUUAAUGUUAACCUAUGUAUAAAGUUAGCCAUAGACCAACAUCACAGCAUCAACAGUCGUGACAAGAAGUUAGCAAUAUGGCGGACUCCCGACACGUCAUCAUGUUGUGUGCGCUACUUGUUGCACUUUGUAAUUGUGAUCCAAAUUGUGAUUGUCGUUGGGGAAAGUUCCAUAAGACGCUGAUAGGAGACACAAAAUGGCCAUUAAAAAUCGCAGAAGGCUCUAAUUUCCUGAAUGUAGUGAUUCCAAUGAACGAAGAUAUAGCAGGCAUGCAAGAGAUUGGUUUUGUAUGUGUCGAGAUCCAAGGUGGCCUUCAAGACACACGUAGUAACGUAUCGGUUAUGACUGAAUAUCUGAACCCUCGCUCGGCUCAAGUCAUAAUCAGAUUAGCUGAACCAACCGAAAAGGAUAUAGAAAUAAACAUCCAGUUAUAUAAUAAAUCAUGUAGAAAUACACUUGAUUGAAAAUGUACUUACGACACAGGAGACAUUCCUAGAGCGUAGGCACGUUUUUAAAAAACAAAAAUUAGAAAAAAUAA